AUGUAUACUGCACCCACUGCUCAGCCUCAUCCUCCUUUCCAACAGCCAUACCAGAACGGUUAUGGCCAGCCCCAGUAUCCUGCAGUGGUUGGAUACCCUCAACCUCCCUAUCAGCCUGCUCCUACACCAGUGGCAUACGGAGCUCAGCAAUAUCAACAACCUUAUGCUGCUCCAGCACAGAACGGGUAA